AUGGGACGUAAAGAUGCUGAGAGGCUGCUGUUGAAUCCAGGCAACAACCGAGGCACCUUCCUGGUGCGAGAAAGUGAAACUACUAAAGGUGAAGACGAUUAGCGGGAAAACGUGCACGGCCUGCGUCUCAAGUAACACUCUAUUCCUCAUGUAGUGCACUACUUUUGUUUUGACCGGGGUCUGCAUGUUGCAAGCAUCUGAGUAUGACUGCUGAUUUAAGAUCACACUGAAAAAGACUACAUGGACAAGUGGGAACUGAUCCUAGGUCAGCACUCCUACUCUGACAGGCUUUGUGAAUACUGGCCCUGAGCUCAUAUGGUGCUCUAAGACAAAGUAGUGCACUAUAAUGGGGAAUAUGGAGUCAUUUGAGAAAUAACCAGUGACACUCACAUUUACAUGAAUAAAGCCUAGAUCUUAAUACUGUUGCUUGGAUGGACGAAGAAUCUGGUCAUUGUCUCCUCCAGGUGCUUACUCCCUGUCCAUACGAGACUGGGACGAUGCCAAAGGUGACAAUGUGAAACACUAUAAGAUCCGCAAACUUGACAACGGGGGUUACUACAUCACCACGCGCGCCCAGUUUGACACGCUGCAGAAACUGGUCAAACACUACACAGGUAUGUCUUCUACCUCUUUUUUUAAUGGUCUCUCGAUCUCUAACACUCACUUUCUCUCUCAAACUCACUCUCUAACAGACUUGCUACACUGGAAACAUAACCUUGCUGAGCGUGAGACGCUCCUAUUCAUUUCAAUGAAACCUGGGCCUAAGCAGCACGGCUCCGCGGGAGGCUUGCACUGCUCAGCGUAAAAUGACACUGGUUCUAUUUUCAAGAGUUUGACGUGUAGCUCACGCAAGAGAACACUUGAUAAAGUGGCUCACAUUCUGUUCACGCUGCAAAAGGUUACGCGUCCAGUGUCGCAGUUAAAAACCUACUGUUUUCCCAACACCCCAGUGUAGCUCCCAAGUAACUUUCUUAUUCACAGCUUCCCUCCCUUCUCCAAGCGCAGUUCCUGAUCUAAAAUUCACCCUCAUUCACUGCGGUCUCUCUCUCUCUCACAUCUGUCCUUCCGUAGUAGCAGGCUUACCUGUAAUUGACCCUGUGAUUUCCCCAGCUAGAUGAAUGGCUCUCAGAUUGAAUAUUUAAUAAAGACCUUCCCUAAGUGCCUCCCUCUCAGCUGAAGGAGAGAGGUUAAAGCUCUCUGGGAGUGCCCACUUUACGCCUGCGUCCCAAAUGGCACCCUGCUCCCUACAUAAAGAAAAGCAUUGCACCAUAUAGGGAACAGGGUGCCAUUUGGGGCAAAGACAACCUCUCUCUGGUGCACUAUAAAAGCAAGAGGUCCCAGCCGUGUUAAUUCAUCCAAUUCUCAUUCAUGUUUUAGCUCUGUUAUUAUAGGCAUGUCUAAAUUCAGCCGUAUCGCAUGUCUGACGGGCAAACUUGAAGUGUUGGGUGAAAUGUCCCCUUUUUUUAUGCUUUGUUGGGUUUCCCUCGUACUCUACUGCUGGGAUUCAUAAGAAUCCCUACAUGUUUGUUUGUGCCCAUCCGCCCCACGCAGAGCAUGCAGACGGUCUGUGCUACCGGCUGACCACGGUGUGCCCCACGGUGAAGCCUCAGACCCAGGGACUGGCCAAGGAUGCCUGGGAGAUCCCCCGGGAGUCCCUCCGCCUGGAGCUCAAACUGGGCCAGGGCUGCUUCGGAGAGGUCUGGAUGGGUAAGACAAAAUACUGUUUAGACACAGACAGGCGCACACACACACAAAGAACAAGUAUGCGCGCCCACACACACACACACUGGAUGGUCUGGACAGACAAGACCGACAGGGAAUAUGAGACAUUUAUAGCAGCUAUUUUUAUCCCAGGCCAGGGAAUCUUUCACUUCCUUCAGAUGCUUCCUCCGUUUAUCUUUAUCUCCAGAGGAAGUAGCAUUCUCUCUUUCAGAGCGAGACACAAGUCCAUCCAUCCAGCCACAUCUCAUAACUACAUGUGUUUAUGUACCCAAAUACACCCGUACUGUAUUAUGUCAGAUGCUGCAUCCCAAAUGGCACCCUAUUUCCUAUGUAGUGCACUACUUUUGACCGGGCUGUAGAGAAUAUGGUGUCAUUUGGGACACAGACAGAAUGUGUACUGUGCUGAAAACUACCAUUGGUUUACUCAUGUUUACACCAUUGUCUUGCUUCUCCAAUAAGCGACAGCAUAAUGACUCGGCUCAUUUUAAUUCUGUAAUUCUAUUCAGGCACGUGGAACGGCACCACCAAGGUGGCCAUUAAGACCCUGAAGCCAGGCACCAUGUCCCCCGAGGCCUUCCUCCAGGAGGCCCAGAUCAUGAAGAAGCUGAGGCACGACAAACUGGUGCCCCUCUACGCCGUGGUGUCUGAGGAACCCAUCUACAUCGUCACCGAGUACAUGGCCAAAGGUGUGUAUGUGUGUGUGUAUAGAUACAGUGCGUUCUGAAAAUAUUCAGACCCCUUGACUUUUUCCACAUUUGUUACAUUACAGCCAUAUUCUAAAAUGUAUAUUAAAAAAAAAAAAAAUAUAAUCAAUCUACACACAAUACCCCAUAAUGACAAAGCAAAAACAGGUUUUUCAAAAAAAAAAUAAACAAUGUAUUGAAAAAUAAAAACUGAAAUAUAACAUUUAUGUAAGUGUUCAUACUCUUUACUCAGUACUUUGUUGAAGCACCUUUGGCAGCAAUUACAGCCUCGCGUCUUCUUGGGUAUGACGCUACAAGCUUGGAACACCUGUAUUUAGGGAGUUUCUCCCAUUCUUCUCUGCAGAUCCUCUCAAGCUCUGUCAGGUUGGAUGGGGAGCAUCGCUACACAGCUAUUUUCAUGUCUCUCCAGAGAUGAUAGAUCGGGUUCAAGUCCGGGCUCUGGCUGGGCCACUCAAGGACAUUCAGAGACUUGUCCUAAAGCCAUGCUUGCAUUGUCUUGGGUGUGUGCUUAGGGUCGUUGUCCUGUUGGAAGGGGAACCUUCGCCCCAGUCUGAGGUCCUGAGCUCUCUGAAUCAGGUUUUCAUCAAGGAUCUCUCUGUACUUUGCUCCGUUAAUCUUUCCCUCAAUCCUGACUAGUCUCCCAGUCCCUGCCGCUGAAAAACAUCCUCACAGCAUGAUGCUGCCACCACCAUGCUUCACCAUAGGGAUGGAGUCAGGUUUCCUCCAGGCGUGAUGCUUGGCAUUCAGGCCAAAGAGUUCAAUCUUGGUUUCAUCAGACCAGAGAAUCUUGUUUCUCAUGGUCUGAGAGUCCUUUAGGUGCCUUUUGGCAAACUCCAAGCGGACUGUCAUGUACUUUUUACUGAGGAGUGGCUUCUGUCUGGCCACUCUACCAUAAAGGCCUGAUUGGUGGAGUGCUGCAGAGAUGGUUGUCCUUCUGGAAGGUUCUCCCAUCUCCACAGAGGAGCUCUGGAGCACUGUCAGAGUGACCAUCGAGUUCUUGGUCACCUCCCUGACCAAGGCCCUUCUCCCCCGAUUGCUCAGUUUGGCCUGCCGGCCAGCUCUAGGAAGAGACUUGGUGGUUCCAAACUUCUUCCAUUUAAGAAUGAUGGAGGCCGCUGUGUUCUUUGGGACUUUCAAUUAUGCAUAAUUGUUUUGCUACCCUUCCCCAGAUCUCUGCCUCGACAUAAUCCUGUCUCGGAGCUCUACGGACAAUUCCUUCGACCUCAUGGCUUGGUUUUUGCUCUGACAUGCACUGUAAACUGUGGGACCUUAUAUAGACAGGUGUGGGCCUUUCCAAAUCAUGUCCAAUCAAUUUAAUUUACUACAGGUGGACUCCAAGUUAUAGAAACAUCUCAAGGGUGAUCAAUGGGAACAGGAUGCACCUGAGCUCAAUAUCGAGUCUCAUAGCAAAGGGUCUGAAUACUUACGUAAAUAAGGUAUUUCUGUUUUUUAUUUCUAAUACAUUUGCAAGACUUUCUAAAAACCUGUUUUUGCUUUGUCAUUAUGGGGUAUUGUGUGUAGAUUGAUGAGGGGGGGAAAAAACUAUUUCAUCCAUUUUAGAAUAAGGCCGUAACAUAACAAAAUGUGGAAAAAGUAAAGGGGCCUGAAUAUAUUCAGAAUGCACUGUAGAUAGUGCAUUUGGAAAGUAUUCAGACCCCUUGAAUGUUUCCACAUUUUGUUACGUUAGAGCCUUAUUCUAAAAUGGAUAACAUUGUUUUUCCACACAAUACCCCAUAAUGACAAAGCAAAAACAUAUAUUUAUUUUUAUUGCAAAUGUAUUACAAAUAAAAAAGCAAGUACCUUAUUUACAUAAUUAUUCAGACCCUUUGUUCUGAGACUCGAAAUGUAAGCUCAGGUGCAUCCUGUUUCCAUUGAUCAUCGUUGAUGUUUCUACAACUUGAUUGGAGUCCAGCUGUGGUAAAUUCAAUUGAUUGGACAUGAUUUGGAAAGGCACACACCUGUCAAUAUAACGUCCCACAGUUGACAGUGCAUGUCAGAGCAAAAACCAAGCCAUGAUGUCGAAGGAAUUGUCCAUAGAGCUCCGAAACAGGAUUGUGUCAAGGCACAGAUCUGGGGAAGGGUACCAAAACAUUUCUGCAGCAUUGGUCCCCAAGAAUACAGUGGCCUUACAUCAUUCUUAAAUGGAAGACGUUUGGAACCACCAAGACUCUUCCUAGAGCUGGCCGCCCGGCCAAACUGAGCAAUCGGGAGAGAAGGGCCUUGGUCAGAGAGGUGACCAAGAACCCGAUGGUCACCCUGACAGAGCUCUAGAGUUCCUCUGUGGAGAUGGCAGAACCUUCCAGAAGGACAACCAUCUCUGCAGCACUCCACCAAUUAGGCAUUUAUGGUAGAGUGGCCAGAUGGAAGCCACUCCUCAGUAAAAGGCACAUGACAGCCCGCUUGGAGUUUGCCAAAAGGCACCUAAAGGACUCUCAGACCAUGAGAAACAAGAUUCUCUGGUCUGAUGAAACCAAUAUUGAUCUCUUCGGCCUGAAUGUCAAGCGUCAAGUCUGGAGGAAACCUGGCACUAUCACAACGGUGAAGCAUGGUGGUGGCAGCAUCAUGCUGUGUGGAUGUUUUUCAGCGGCAGGGACUGGGAGAGUAGUCAGGAUCGAAGGAAAACCUGCUCCAGAGCUCUCAGGACCUCAGACCCUAAGCACACAGCCAAGACAAUGCAGGAGUGGCUUCGGGACAAGUCUCUGAAUGUUUUUGAGUGGCCCAGCCAGAGCCCGGAUUUGAACCCGAUCGAACAUCUCUGGAGAGACCUGAAAAUAGCUGUGCAGCGACGCUCCCCAUCCAAUCUGACAGAGCUUGAGAGGAUCUGCAGAGAAGAAUGGGAGAAACUCCCCAAAUACAGCUGUGCCAAGCUUGUAGCGUCAUACCCAAGAAGACUCAAGGCCUUAAUCGCUGCCAAAAGUGCUUCAACAAAAUACUGAGUAAAGGGUCUGAAUACUUAUGUAAAUGUGAUACUUUUUUUAUUGCAAACAUUUCAAAAAACUUGUUUUUGCUUUGUCAUUAUGGAGUAUUGUGUGUAGAUUGAUGAGGAGAAGAAAAAAACAACGUAAUCAAUUUUAGAAUAAGGCUGCAACGUAACAAAAUGUGAAAAGGUGAAGGAGUCUGAAUACUUUCCGAAUGAACUGUACAUACUCUACAAACACAGAUAAACACAGCCUCUACUUCUCCAGUCCAGAUGCGGUGACGUAUGUGGCUGGCAGCAUGAUGUUGACAUGUAGAUUAAUCAAGUCUGAUUAGAUGUGUAAUUACAACAUUAAUGCUGGAGCCUCUCUCCAGAAGGGUCCGUACACACACAUGCCUGGGGGAGGUGAUUAGCUGCCUGGCUCAGCUGGAUAUUGUUAUAAGUGUGUGAUGGAGUUGGAGAACUUGGUAUUUUAUAAAAGAAGAGAACAUUGGCCACAUGCCAGAGAUUUUGACGUUAGUUGUUGCACAUCGCCGAAGGUUGUUCAGGCGCUGAAUUGAUGAGAUGUUUGAAAUCUUUACUUUUAGAUAUCACGCCACAACACACACGUCAUCCUAUCGGAAGUAUCCCGGACAGUUUCCUUUUAAAAUGUAUGGCCGUUUUUAAUUAACGUACCCUACAGUUUGAAAGUCCUUGGGAAUCCCAUGUGGGUUUUGAAGGCCCGAAGCAGAGAUGUUUAAUUGAAAACUGCAGCAGUUUUGUGGCAAGCUUUCAUCUUUCUCAGCUGCAAUGCACCACCCUGUUUUUUUUUAUUAUUAGUGAUUGAACACUAAUGACUAAUCCCUUUAAAUGGACUCAGUGACCCCUGUGUACAUAUGUAUAAAUGCACCAGAGGAACGUGUGUGUGUGUUUAUCCCGUUGGUAUCCCCUUGAUUCUAAUCUUGGUCUAGGGGUCAAUUAAGAGAACAAUGUCCACCUCUCACACUGAGGAAAUGGCGACGUUGCGUCCCAAAUGGCACCCCCUUCCCUAUAUAGUGUACUACUUUAUCACCAGGGUCCCAUAGGGCUCUGGUCAAAAGUAGUGAACUAUAUAGGGAAAGGGGUGCCAUUUGGGGCGCAUACUAGAUGUCAUUAGGAGCCGUGUACCGAACAUAGACACAAGCUGCUAGCUUCAUCAAUACCAAGGGAAGGAUCAUGAAUAUUUAAGAAGGCGUAUUUAAGAAGUCUUCAGUCUUACUAUUUCUGCGGUAGUAUUUCGCUGUUGCAACAUUUAGCAGCACUCUCUCUGGUACUGUAACAGUCAUGUUUUGCUGAUGUUUAUUUGUAGGAAGUUUGCUGGACUUCCUGAAGGAAGGAGACGGUAAAUUCCUCAAGCUUCCCUUGCUGGUGGAUAUGGCAGCACAGGUAAGUCAAAAGUCAACCUAGGCUCUUAGUAAACAUUGCUCUCAGAGUGGAUCACAUCAAUUAUUAACCUGAGCAACGGAGCGUUAAACGAAUCUGCUUGUUUUCUCAGAUCGCUGACGGAAUGGCCUUCAUUGAGAGGAUGAACUACAUCCACAGGGACCUGCGCGCCGCUAACAUCCUGGUCGGGGACAACCUGGUGUGCAAGAUCGCCGACUUCGGUCUGGCCAGGCUGAUCGAGGACAACGAGUACACGGCUAGGCAAGGUUAGUAGAGCACAGAGACAGAGGGGCUUAGAAUCCCAGUUGUUCGAGAUGUGUAUGGGUGGCAAGGGGAAGGGAAAACCUAGUCAGUUGCACAACUGAAUGCAUUCGACCGAAAUGUGUCUUCCGCAUUUAACACAAGCCCUCUGAAUCAGAGCGGUGCGGGGGGCUGCCUUAAUCGACAUGCACGUCAUCGGCGCCCGGGGAGCAGUUGUUAUUUGGGGGUGAACUGCCUUGCUCAGGGAGGGAGGGGAGAGAGGGAGGGAGGGAGGGAGGGAGGGGGAGGGGAGGGAGGGAGGGAGAGAGGUAGGGAGGGAGGGAGAGAGAGAGGGAGGAGGAGGGUCGACGAGAGGGAGGGAGGGGGGGGGAGGGAGGGCGGGCGGGGUGGGUUGGGGAGAGGAGUGGAGGGGGAGGGGGGUGAGAAGGAGAGGAGGAGAGGGAGAGGAGGAGAGAGAGGGGAAGAGUCUCUAGAGAGAGGGAGGGAGCAGAGAGUGGAUGAAGAGAGGGAGGGGAGAGGGAGUGAGGGAGGGCGAGAGAGAGAGAGAGGGAGAGAGGGCGAGGGAGAGAGAGGGAGAGAGGGAGGGAGAGAGAGAGGGAGAGAGGGAGGGAGGUAGGGAGGGAGAGAGAGAGGGAGGGAGAGAGAGAGGGAGGGAGGGAGAGAGGGAGAGAGGGAGGGAGAGAGAGAGAUCCCGACGUGUUCCUUACUUCUUCAUCAAAGGAAAUGACUUGUAUAUUAUUCCUAUUAAUAUAUGGAACCUUCCUCUACCCCAUGCCUACACCAACAAAAUGCUUUUACAUUUUGGAAGUAGUCAACGAGUGCACACUUCAGGAAGAAGGAGAGAUUACGGUGACACAGGGCUUAAUGUCACAGUCGUUUCAGAUGUAUAUGGGGGGGGGGCGGAAGAGUGAGGUCACUGGCGUUGAGUAAACCCUGUUGUUUCCUACCCUGGUAAAUUAAGCUAAUGGCGCAAAGCAGAUGCUCCUAUUUACUCUGAUUAGUUGAGGUGAGUAAACGCUGACUCUCAAGCAGCCUGCUGCUUAACUAUUUAAGACCAAUGGUUUGAGCAGAGAAACAGGCGUCCCUGACAAUAACACGCCUUUUCCCACUCAUUUCCCACUCAUUACUAGUCUUAAACCUUUUGGAAUGUGACUUUUUUACCCUGCAGUUCUACUAUUUUUCACACACAAAGAUCUGUCUUUAUUGACAAUGUAGUAUCUUAGUUCAAUCAGUUUCCUUUGCAAUCAGAUCUGACUUAAACCAUUGAAAACCAAGUAUGGUCCGUUAAAUUAAAAUGUUGAAUUGUUUUGUUCCAUAGGUCAAUAGUGUAAUUGUCAUGGCAGACUGGAGCAUGAACUUUGAUAUGGGUCAAUUCUCAGUGGUUCUAUUACGACUCUAGGCUCUCUAAUGACCCCUAGUGGAAGUUCAUGUUCUGUCUCUCUCCGUCUCUCUCUCUUCUUUCUUUCUCUCAUUCUCUCCCUCUCUCUUCCCUCUCUUCUUUGUCUCUGCCCCUCCCUAAUCUCUUCCCCUCCUGGUUUGUAGGGGCCAAGUUCCCCAUCAAGUGGACGGCUCCUGAAGCUGCCCUGUACGGCCGCUUCACCAUCAAGUCAGACGGCUGGUCCUUCGGCAUCUUACUGACCGAACUGGUCACCAAGGGCAGGGUGCCCUACCCAGGUGAGAACAUAGACAAAACAAUGUUUGCGUCCCACAUGGCACCCUAUUCCCUAUAUCCCUCAAACUCAACUCUGGACCUCGAAGCCAGUUCCACUGUGUUUUUUUUUCCAUUUCCCCCCUCUAAUCAGGGACUCAUUUAGACCUGGGACACCAGGUGGGUACAAUUAUUUAUCAGGUAGAACAGAAAAACAGCAGGCUCUGGACCUCGUAGGGUAAAAGUUGAAUACCCCUGUCCUAUAUAGUGCACUUUUUUUGACCAGGGCUCACAGGGAGUGGGCGCUAUGUAGGGAUUACAGUGCCAUUUGGGAUGCAAUCCCAUAACAACAAUGGCAGUCUGUGAGGCUGUCUAUCUGGUUAGGAUAUGUCAAUUGUGUGAUCCCCAAAGCUAGGGAAGUAGGUGUCUUGUGUAACCAGGAGGAGUAGUCAUAGAGGGAGAUGCCAGUGCAAUGUAAACAAGGAAGUAAGUCAUUUGGUAAAAGGUGAUCCAUCACCAGUCUUAUAGCCUAGACUAGUUAAUACUGUCCUAGGAAGUGGGCCGGGGGUGACACUGUCGUGAUGGCUGUUUUUGUCUCUACGGGGUAAACAUACACACGCACUGGCUGAGAUUAGAGGAGACCAUCUGGUGGGGGCUGAUCUGGAGAUUGAACACCACUCUUGUUUAUAACCAUCUGUCCCAGACUGAUCGGGCUCUGGGGAGAGAGAGGCUGACGGGUGCUGUGAAACGCUGA